AUGUCAACAACAAAUAUGGAAACCAGCAGCAACUACUGGGAAGGUAAAGCUUGUUUCAUCACAUAAUCUAAAACUACUGUCUGUUUGUUCACUCUCUAGUGUUUCUCGGUGAUUCAGGUUAGACAUUCAACAUUAUGUUAUGAGAAUAAAUAGUCUUUUUGAGGGAACUCGAACCUGUUCGCUUUGACUGAACGUGCCGAAGUUGAGAAAGUUCUCCUCAAAUCGCCACUGUCUUUAUAACAACCGCACGAUGAGCUUUCAUGACACCUUGAAUUCAGGUGAAGGGAGAUCAAUGAGGAAAUAGAUUUACCUUUUUUUACUCUCUGACACCUGUUUGCAUGUAAAACUGUAAAAGUAAUCCAUGACUAAAUGUUAAAAGUGUGACAUAAAUCACUGCUUCAGCUCUGAGGCCAAAACAAACACAGUGCAGUUGUCUACAUGUUGAAUAUUUAUAUGUUUGUAGUCAUCGUCUUAAAUUUCUGAGCAUAAAAUCAGCCAUACAUCCACUGCUGUAUACUCAAUCUGUCGUAUGUAAAACACAACUAUAAAAUAGCCUCUUAAAUGAUCAUAAAUACUCCACUCACUCAUCCUCUUGUUUGCUAUAAUGACAAAGAAGAGAUUGAAACUGGGAGAAAGAAUAAAAAAAGGAAAUAUCUUGACAUAUUAUGAUCCAGGAAAAAGUCACAGCAUUUGGGAUUUUGUUAAAGUUAAACACGUUUAUUUUCAAUCAAUCAAACUUUGUUUUUAAAGCACUUUUCAUACAUGGAAUGAAUGUUGUAAACAAUGAAGUAAAAUAAAUACAAAUACAAAUACCAAACCCCACCCACCUUCCCAACCCCCAUUCAACACAUACAGCACUCACACACACAGACGCAUACACAAAAGAGCAGGUGAGGACACUUCAACUUGCCACAGAUGACUGAGGAAACGCUAUCUUCAGAUAAAAUAAAGAUGAGGAAACACUAGAUCUAGGACUAAAAUGUUAAAAUCAUGAUAAAGUAUAAUAAAGGUGAUAUAACGUUAAAAGUUAAUUAAAUAAAAGUCUUAAAAUCUAACAAUAAAAGAAAGUAAAUUAAAAAAGAGGUAAUAAAACACAAAAUAAUUACUCUGGGACUAAAAUAGUGUAAAAUCACAUAAUGCAGAUUAAAAGAUUAAGACAAAGUUCAACUAAAAGCCAGACUAAAAAGGUAGGUCUUUAGUUUACUUUAAAAAAUUUUUUACUGUAUUUUCAUCCAUUGUGAAAUCCAGUUCAUUCCAUGAUCUGCUUGAAUCCCCGACACCACCCAACUGAAUGCUGACUGAAACCUUUGACCAGAUUAGUGAGCUUUUAGGAUGUGUCAGCGAUAUAAUAUUGUCUGCUAUCAUUGUCUGUUUAUUAUAAUGCGGGUUGUAAUAGGUUGAAUUGUGCAGUUUCUAUGACAUCUUUGGUUAGAUACUCCACAUAACCUCCACUGUAAUCUUUGAACAUUUGUUCUGAUCGUUUCUUUCUUUCUUUCUUCACUCAGAUUUGCGUAAACAGGCUCGACAGCUGGAGAAUGAGCUGGAUCCCAAGCUGGUCUCGUUCAGUAAGCUGUGCACCAGCUACAGCAGCAGAGACCAGCGGACAAGAGAAAGCAGGUCAGCAACAACCUGGACGGGUUCAGGGGUUAUCUGAACUUGAUUUGAUAUUUCUUAUUCUUUUGGCUUUUCGGAUACAAAUAAAAUCUGUCAAGAUUUUUGAGAUGGUUUUGAAUACUUUGAUUCCAAAUUUGAGAGUUUGAGUAAUGUGAAAUGUCAAGAAGUCAACUGUCUGUUACAGAGUUUCGUCUGAAUCAGUUUUUUAAAGUAAUUGUUAACGUUUAUUUCUGCCAUUCAACAGUGUUUUAUAUUUCUUCUUCUCUUAACUUAGAUCUGAUUCUCACAGUUCUUCUCAAGACAACAUGCUGGUGGCUAUGACAACUGAGCUGGAGCAGCUUUUGGCAAAAGUAAGUCAAAUACAGCUUCUCUAAUAAACCACCAAGAAUGCCCUGUAAAUUUAAGCUGUAAUCUAGAGUGGACCGUGUCUUUUUACACAGCUUACGGCUGUCAAUAACAAAAUGGCAGAACACACAAGUACUCCAGGAGCCUCAUCAUAUAACCCAGCGAUGAUGCACACCCUACAGAGACACAGAGACAUUUUACAGGUUUGUUUAAGUGCUUUCCUUGUUCUCAAUAAGAAAUGUUUUACUAACUGAUCUUCUUUAUCUUGUCUUACUGACUUUUUAAUCAUAUUUUUUUUACCUGCAGGACUACACCCAUGAAUUCCACAAAACCAAAACCAACUUCUUCAGUCUGAAAGAAAGAGAGGACCUUCUAGGCUCUGUUCACAGAGACAUUGAGUAAGCGCACAUCUCUAAGCAAUUCAAAGUUGUUCAUGAGUACUUACAUGUCUUGUGCAGGACAUCUGUUGGAUCAAAUAAGAACUGUGUCACAGUGCUAAUGCACCUUCUGCAGUUUUUAAAUAAGAACCCCAGUCCUCAUCUCAGGUAAUGGUUUUAGUCAUUCUCCAGACCAUGAGGCUCAUAAAUGGCUUCCACAUACAUGUAAAGCGUUGUUACUACAUGAGCUCCAUUAAGCCCAAUCCAGCUCUGAAUGCUGUUUUUCAAAUGUCUUUCAAUUUAAAAAAAAUCUUUUGGUGGGUAGGUCCCUAUCACUCCAGAAUCUCUCAUUAGGUUUAAACUGUUGCUGUAUGUUUGGGACACAAGCCCUCUAAAUAUUUAGGGAAAAAGUGCACUGAGUAAGAUAAACUAAAUGUAUGUUUAUCCCACAUUUAAGAAAAUUUCAGUGUCAAAGAAACAACAAGAGCAGCACACAGAGCACAAACAAUACAACACGUAGAAAUGUAAUUAAAGUGUACACAGUGCACAAUAAAGGGGUUUGUCAUGUAUUGUUCAGGUGUUGAAAUUGGGCACGCUAUUGGGUGUGUUAUUGAAUUUUUGUAUUGAAUUGUCUGCAGUAAUAUGAGUUACAGUGUUUUUAGUUUAUGUUUGUGCUGAAGAACUUUUUGUCUUCAAGCAUAAGGUUUAAAAAUGAUGAAACCAACUAAAAUUGAUAUAGUGACAGAGUUGAGAUUUAACAGUAAGGCUGUGUUAAAAUUCGCUUUUAAAAUGAGAUAUUCAAUAUGACAGAGAUGAAAAAAGCCAAUUCCUCUGAAUUAGUAAUUUCUGCUCUGAAUCCAAUACAAAAUGGUGUUUUGUAAAUUCUGAAUUUUUUCUGAAGCAUAUAGGCAAUUAAUUUUUUUGUAUAACCCUUAACUCCUAUUUUUUGUCUAUCAAAAUAACAAUACAUAGAAAAGUCUCUACAGCUCCAGUAUCUUUUUCUCCUCUGUGGACUUUUGCUAUGCAAUGCAUUCCUUCACCAGGAGGAGGCAGACAAGUCAAGUUUGUUGCUCACCCCCUGCCCACCCUCAUCCGACUUUUAAUGGUCUCCAUUCCCUCGAUCAUGUUGCAUCCUCUAAUAAGAGGCACCUCCUCUAAUCAGUUAAUCUCCUUCCUCCUCUCCCUCUUUGUCGGUCUCUCUCUCUCUCUCUCUCUCUCUCUCUCUCUCUCUCUCUCCCUCCUCAUGUCUGUAUCUCUGUCUUUCUCUUGGGAUAUUUUUCUUAAGUGCCUUCUACAGUAAAUCAAACCACAAAGCUUUCAUUCAGCCUAAGCUGAGUGAGGGUGGUUACAUCUGGGCUGCCUGAUGCACAGAAUUGCUUUAUCGGGAGAAAAUGGAAGAGCAGGAUAGUCAGACAGAGCAAGUGAGAGAGAGAAAGAGAGAGAGAGACGUCCCAAUCUUCUGUUGUGCUAAUGAGAAUAAUGAGACAGAGCUCGAAUUGUCCUCUAUAAAUGAGGUAUGGAGGAGCAGAGAAGUAAGAGAAGCAACAAUAACUAAUGAGUUGAUUAUUAGUCUAAAUAUGGAGGGGAUUGUGUAAAUAAGAGAUGGAGGACAGAGUUGUGGGUUACACAGAGUUAAUCACUUUAAAAGCAUUAACACAGGAAGCUCAUAAUAACAUCCAGGCAUCAUUGACAGUGGGGACUAAAAUCUCUGUCAGACUGAAGCAAAAACCAACAACAGUGAAUGAUUUCUGAAUUAAGAAAAUUGUAGGAAAACACCUUGUCUGUGUAUUAAAAAACUUCUUUUUACUAAAAAUGCUUUUUCACAGAAAUAUGGACUUUAGUCACAGUUUAAAAUCCCAUAUACACAACAAUGACCAACAACCUGUGACAGAGAGGAGUGACAGUUUUGAAUUGACAGACCCAAUUCAUGAAUAAAUUAUUGAUAGACGCCUGAUUUUUAUAUCUGAGCAAAGGAUAGAUUCUAGAAUGAAAUACUCGUGAUUUUGGGGUUAAGUUUUGCUAAAGUAAUAGUAACAUCCCUGCAGACACCCUUACUGUAAUAACAAUAGUAAGGGGUGUUUCAAAGGGGCUAAUUUUAUAGGUGGAAAUUUAGACUAUGACUUGACUUUCUAAAUAAAAUAACAGCCUUGUUUACAUCCGGGUAGUAGAGUACUUAGUUUAAUCUAGUGGCCUGUGCCUGUGCUGCAAGAAAACACACAUCAUAUGACUGGUAUGUCAGACCUACCAUCAAAAAACACAAGGAUUUUGUUGGACCAGUUAGUACUUGAUUGUUUCAUGGACUGAACCCACUCCCUACACCUGCUCACUGAUGAGGAAUCAUGGACCCUUCUCAGUCUGAAACACUAAUCUUUGGCAUUUUUGUCCUCAAGUUUUUGAUGGACCACCUAACAGAUGAGUUAACGUGAAAAAGACUUUGAAAAACUUUAAGAAUCAGUAAAUAUUUAAAUGACCAUCAGCUCUUUUUUUAUCAUAUACAUGCUGUUGGAAGGAUAACCAAGAAAUCAGCUACAUUUAUAUCACAAUGUCUCUAUUCAGUUUGAAGUUUUUCCAUCCUAUUACUCCCUCUUACUUCAGAUUUACUAUCAUCUAACAGUUCUGUCUUCCUUGUUGUCUCCCUUAGAUCCUACAAAAGCAGCUCAGGAGUAAAUAACCGACGGACUGAGCUCUAUCUGAAGGAACAUGAACAUCUCAGAAAGUAAGAAAAGAACUUCUCUCUUUGAAACACUUGGACAAAAUAGUUUUUGUUGUUUAUGUCUGUCCAAGAGCUUCAUCUGAAACCACUCCAUACUUCCAUUGCACUCGCUGUGCUGCCUGCCUCUCAUUUAAUUCAAUCACUGACAUUCUGAGUGUUGAGUUUGUGCUCCGUAAUGUAAUGCCCUGAAAAGUCCUCACAAAGGUUGGUGAGUUUCUCCUCUGUGUUAUCUGUAGCUUAUCUUCAUUUGACGAAUUUGCUCCUAUCCCAGGUAGCUUAGGAUGAUAUCUAAUAUAAAAGCUUCAGAGCACACAGAUAUUUGAGAUAUAACAACACAUUAGCCAACGCUUGCAGUGCUGAAACAUGGUUCCCACAGAUCUGUCUGGUUCCCAGGAAAGACUGAGUGGUCAUGAUGGUGAUGUGAAACACGACUACCGGUUUACGUGCUCGUGUUUGUGUGUGUGGUUGUAUGUACAUGCAAACAUGCAUGUUGGUGGUCUUCCAGGCGUGUUGUUUUAGUCACGUUUUCCUGUAAUAGAAGGGUGGUUGUCUAUGUUGCAAGCACUUUCUCAUGAAAAACACAGAGAAAGCAAAAGUUAGCAGACAGAAAAUGAAACAGAAAAACUGAAAUAGAGUCAGUGGUGAGGUUCAGCUUGUGGUAAUUUGUGAAGUGGAACAACGAAGUGCUGUGAUCGUCAAAACAUAAAAGAGGAAAAGGAAGAUAACAUAAUGUCCUGAUUGGAGAGUACUUUUUUUCUCUUGGUCCUAAUAAGUACUGACUCACAUUACAUAACGAAAGAGAAACUAAAUUCAAUAUUAAACUAUCCUUGUUUAAGUAGAUUAAAACAUCAUAUGAAUAAGAGUUGAUAGGCUUGUGUGCUUGAAAGAAGGAACAGUUGUGUGAACAGGUUUUACACUUUCCUUUUGAUUGUGUCAAAGACUUUGCAUUUUACAAAUCUCAGCGUCAUUAAGCGCUCAGUUUGUUCAACAAUUACCUGUCAGAUAGUUGUGCAGGUGGAAGUUUGCACCUGUAUCUCCCACAGUCACCAAAGGAAUGCCUUAAGAGCCACUAAUGGGGCCAAUGCCAUCUAUUCAUCAACGACAUCAAUCUUAAUGUCCCCAAUGCAACUUUUGUUUGUCUGCAUGUGUGUAUUACAACCACUGCUCAACAUUUCUUUACUUAAAAAUGGUUGGGAAUGCAGACAAAUCAAACACAUCGCCUCUUUCUAAAGCAAACUCUGAGCAGUGUAAUCUGCCUUUGACUCCAUUGCUCAGGGUGCAUGGAUUGAGUUUAUACCUAAGUGCCGAAAUCUUGUAAGUUUAAACCAUGAAUCUCUUUAGACCUCUCAUUCAGCAGCUAGUAAAAAUAUUAAAAAUGACACUCAUCACUGUUUGCUGUAAGAAACUGUAGCUAAAUAUUAUUAUAGUCUCACUUUUGGGUAAUCAACGUGUUGUUGGAACUGUCGAACCUGACCAUUGUAACCUGACCAUGCUGCAACGUGCUGGUGUGGAUACUUUGAGGUUUUCUGCAUCAGUCUUAUUUUGGACAUAGUCUUUAGGUGUUAGCUAAGUAACCGACCAUAAAGAGACGAUAUAUAACCUCAGCUCUUUUAUGCAUGUUCUGUUACUUGAAAGCAAAGUUUCAGUUUUUUCUAAAAUGUGAAUCUGCAAUGGUAUUAGUCACAGUGGCUCUUCUCUUCCUGUUUGGACAAACCUGACUUGGUUGUGUUUUCUUAAAUAUUUAUUCCUCAUGUAUCUGACAUUGUUUUAAAUCUCUGUGAGGAAUCAUAGAAGCAAGACUCCAUGUGUAAACAAAAAGCUGUACAGGUAUUCAUCAAGCUUGAAUUUGUAUUUAUCCAUAUGUAACAGGUAUCAAACCACCAAAUAUAUGGUUAAUAACAUGCGAUGUAUUUAUUUCGAAUGAACAAAACAUAGAAGUCUUUAAUGGAUAAAAAGGUCAAACCAUGUAAAUAUCUAAUAUUUAUAUGAAGUACAAAAUUACAGGAGAAUUUCUUUGACACUUUGACCAACAGUUACUUGACACUUUGGUAUGAAUGAAUACCUGCACAUGAACUAGUAAAAGUUGAUGUCAUCACAAUAGGUUUCUUGGGCAGCUUGUCUUGGUGUAAAUCCUAUAUAUGUAAGAUUUCAAAACAAUUUUUGAGUUUCUUUCCUCUUUAGUUUUUGUGAUUAUAACAAAAAGGUUUUGGUUAAAGCAUCUCAAACAGAGGCUGACAUGAGGGUUUUCAAAUUAAUUAGUAGAUUAAUGUCGCCAUCUAAACACAUUAUAACAGCAUUUGAGGCUCAGUUUGAACACCUUAGCAAUCAACUUACAUGACCUAAACUGAAAACAGGGUGUCCUGUAUAUUUUAAGUUGUUAAGUGGUAAAUAUUUUGAGUAGAUAAUAUUGAUGUAAACAGUAAAUUUUUCAAGUCCAUGUAAUUUAGUUUUUAUAAGUAUCAUUCAAUCAAAUCAUUUAAGUCUGAAGAAGAUAUAAAUGUUAAGUAAAGGGAAUUUUUAAAAAAUAUAUAUUUAACUUAGAAUACAGAUUAAGUCAACUGAACACAUAUUUAUUUAAGUAUAGUGUAACUGAAAUAAAUUAUCAGCAUAACUUAAAAGUUCUUAUGUAACAGGUUACGACAAAAAUUUUGAGUUUUCUGAACUUGUUCGGGUUAGCAGUGAGUUUUGAAACCCAUUAAACUAGAAGUGCAUCAUGUAGGCACCCAUUCAUAAAUAAUUAUUGAUCCCAUAACUCACUUUUUAAAUAAGUAAGUCCGAUGACAGCGGUGGCAAUUGAAGCAGUACUUUUAAUAACUGCAACUUCAUACAAAGUCUGUGCGCUUUCAGCUGUCUUCACUUUUUAGAGGGCUGGUUGUCACUCAUAACAUACUUAUUAUCUGACACAAACUGGUUCAAUAAAGACAAGAAAGGAGUAAUUCAAAGCACAAAAUUUAUUCUGAGACAUGCAAAAACAAAUCUUGAUCAGCAUCUUGAUUUUGUCACAAGCCAAGAUUUGUGUGGAUCAAUGAAUUUCCUAAAAAAUAAAAACACAGAGAAACCGAAUAAUUUACAAGACAUCAUUAGAUAUUCCUCACAAUUUCAGCAUUACAUAAAAUACAUUAAUAAAAUAAUCACACACAAACUCAGAACAUCAGUUUUAACACACUCACAUGAGUUGAAGUUAACAUUGUUCCCUGAACCCAUGCCUCCAGCGUUGAACCCAAUCCCUGUGUUCGCUGUAUUCCCGAUCAUGAUGUUAACAUCUUUCCCUCCUGUCAAUUCACAAUAAAUAAUCCUUCAAAUCCUUCAAAAAACAGAGAAUUAUCUUUAAGUACCAUCAUAGCCAGAGAAGUUACAGGACUCACCGUUCACAUUGCAGUUGUUACCAGAGCUAAUAUCACCAACGUUGCCCACAACGGCCAAAUUGGUCACAUUGCCCAUACCGAUUUGGACUCCUUCUCCUCCUGUUGCAAUAAAAAACAGGAGUGAAUAUAAAAGAGUAAAUGUGAGAUUUAUUAUGGAGGUGAGGUGAUACACUUUCAAGAAAUCUCCAAACAUCUUAUUUCUGCUGUAAGACACACCGAACUCACCGUUGACGUUGCAGUUGUUCCUUGCACCAAUGUCUCCUGUGUUGGAUCCAGCCCCCAUGUUACUGACAUUUCCAACAGCGACUUGGACUCCUUUUCCUCCUAUUAACGAAUGAAUGAGGAAUGGACUGAAUCACACAAAAUGCCACUAAAGCGUAUGGCUUGAUUCUUAUUUAGUGACAUGAGUUACUCAAAGAGAAAUCAUGGAGAAUGAGAUUAAGAACGAGUACUCACCGCUAACAUUGCAGGUGUUCUUCGCUCCGAUGUUUCCUGCAUUGUCCCCAGCCACCAAGCCAGUAACAUUACUGAUAUUGACCGCUUUCCCUGUAACAAAGGAAUAAUGCACUGAUACAGUCAAAUGUGAUUCACUCUUAUUUUAAACGCUCACUCAUGUCUUUUUAGAAAGCUGAGAUGCACAACUGACCUCUCUCUUGGCUGGAGGUCCCUGAAGGAGAGGGUGUAGAUUUCCCUGCACUUUUAUUCCCAUUGUUACCUGAGGUAUCAGUAGCUGUCCCGGCCCCUGUUCCUCCUUUUUGAACGUAGAUAAUGACAAAGAAAUCAUAAAUUAGCAGACUUCUCAGAGCCUCUGAAAAGAGAGACCUGAUUUAAAGCUUAAAAAUAUUUCAUGAAGCCUUUUACGGAUCCAAAGAGAGCUAAUGUAAGAAUCUGGGGCUUGAUAUUCUCCAUGUCAUGACGUCCUUAUCUCUGCAUGGGUCUACUUUUUGCAUCUCCAACUCUUCUACUCAGAAUGAAAACUGCUGAGUGUGAUAUUGUCAAUGAGAAAGACGCAUUUUUUGAACUCACCGCUGAUAUUGAUCACAUUUCCAGCUCCAAUCUUCCCUGUGUUAGUCCCAACGACGAUGUCCUCAGUGUUACCAAUUCUUUGUGCCAUUGCUUCUGCUGAAACCAACACAGGUUGACAGAAAAAACAACCUCAAAAUCAAAUGAAGCAGGAUUUAUUAGAAGAUACAUUCAAACAAACAAAGUCCAAGAUUUCAACAUCAGUUUAAGGAUGAGCUGAAAAAUUAGUGACGUAAAAGUGAAAAAGAAACAAUCAAUGUGUCGCAUUUGUCUAAUUGAUUAACUUACCUUCAGAAGUUUGUCCUGUCCUUGUUGAUAUGAGGAGAGAUGUGCGCUCUGUUCGGUUGUCUGUGCUUUAUAUUUAAAACUUCCUCAUGGUAGGAGAUGUACUUUUCUUUCAGUUGAAUCCACUUUGUCUUUCCCCCUCAGUCUAAAAGGGGCGGGGGGGCUGAGGUUAACUAGAGCGUUUAUUUUCCAUCAUACUUAAAUGUUUAUUCACUUAAUAAAGACAUUUGGUAAUCAUCUCCAAUAGUAUACACACUUUUGAUAAUUUCCCCUUAUCCCUAUGAUUAGUGUAAGAUUUAUCUGACUGUAUGAAAAUAGACUUUUUCAUUCUAUCUCUUUUUAUCUUCGUUUUUACACUCAAACUUUAUUAUUAAAGCUCUAAGCUUCAGCACAGUUAAUGAAACCCCAAACUUAAGAAGAAGAGGAUCAUUUUCUAUAACCUUGUAUCAUUUUUGGUGCAUCUUUGUUCAAGUUGGUAAUGUCACGGAUCCAAAAUAUAUAACUUUUACUCUCAAGUAAUGUGUGCUAGUGUUUAUCUCUGUCACAAACCGUAUCAUAAAAGUGUGACCCUACCAUCAGUUCAUCAUUUAUAGAUCCAGGAUUGGUUUUUGAUGUUUGAUUGAUAUUCAUAGGGCUUCACUGUAUACAUGAGGUGCGUGUCUGUUGUAUACUAUCAACUGAUAAUAAGUCUGUCACCUGAAAAUCAAGCCUGGAGACAAACCGUUACUUGAGAUAAACUCGUGAAAAUAUUUGUAUUUGGGAGGAUGAAUUUAAAGAAAAGCCAAAAAGGUCAGUCACGAAGUAAAUAAGAUCAAAUAUUCAGUCAAACAUGAUAUUGUGUAGUAGAUGGACUUUAUUUCAACUUUACAUUUGAUGAAUGACAUUUUCUUUUGCUGAUUUGAAAAUCAUAAAUUCAUAAAUUUUAAAUCUCAUGAUUAAACAAUGCAAAUGUUUCAUCAUUCAAGGACGAGUCAUCCAUCCGAGGCCGAUUACCUGAAAGAAAAGACAAAGAGAGUGAGCAGGAUUACAAAAAAUAAUAAUCCGUGUCAGUCAUACAGAUCAUAUGAUGAAAAACAGGUAUGUGUAAACAUCUGCACACAGCUGUCACAGGUUAAUCUCCCCCUACCUCAGCUUAAGUUGAUCUUGUUUUUAGCACCGAUCUCUCCUUUGUUUUGACCCACUGUUACAUUGGAGGUGUUGCCAACACUUGAAUGUUGUGCCAGUCCUCCUGUUGAAAUAUGAGAAUGAUGGCGGAGGUAAAAAUAAACCCCAGACUCUCUCUGAGAUACUCAAACCAAAGCAUUGGUGAUUAAAACGCUAAAUAAUAUUUCAGCAAUAUGAAAAAAACAACUCACCUUUUAGGUCGUAUUGGUUUUUUGCACCGAUAUCUCCAGAAUUUGUUCCUUCAACUUUGAUGUCAGACACAUUACUGAUAGAGGAGUCUUUUCCGAUGCCUCCUAUAAGAGAGAAAUAGAUAUUCUACAAAACUGUGGAAGCAACCCGAAAAGUAAAUAAAAUCAGGUCAUUACUUACCUUUAGCAGUGACUUCAUUUUCAGCACCAACGUCCCCGGUGUUGUCUUUGAUGUCAACACGCUCUGUGUUUGCAACUUUUGACAUUUUUCCUGCUGAAUUCUAGGCAGACAGGGAAAAAAAGGGUGAUUAUAAAAAAGAUAUUAUCACAGCUCAUUAUUUCACUUUCUUUGAUAGUUAUCACAAGUUAUGCUUUGCCUAGUAAUGCAUGUUACAUAAAAUACUGACUGAAAAAGACCAUAUUACAGACAGACGUUAAAACAGACAAACAUGCAGUCUUUAUCUUACCGCUGGCUUUAGUUUAUUCUGCGCUGUGAGGUGAAGUUUGUAGAUUGAUGAGGGGAGAUGGUCUUCUUUUAAAGCUGACCUUUGCGUGGGUGGGGUUUAAAAGGAGGAACCUUUUUUGUUUUUUUUUUAACCAUGAAUAGAUUUUUUUUUCUUUUUUGUCAGCCUUAUUUUUCUACAGAAUCUAAAAGGGAUCUGUGAGAUUUUCUCACAUUGUGCGGCAUCAGAUUAAGUUAGAUUUUAAAAAGGCUUUUCUGAAUUGGACGUUUUGUUUACAUCUCCAGAGACAACAACUCAUAUUUAAGAUACUGUAAAUGUUUCCUGCAAAGAGGUGUUAGCACCGGCCUUUAGAGGGCUGAUAUCACCAUUUUCUUUUCUGAUUUGUAUGUAAUAAUGAAUUCCUACAUGACUUCCCCUCUUCUUUUUAUUUCAACCUCAUUAUUUACCUUAUAUUUCGGUCUUUUAUAAUUAUUUCAGAUGUUUGGACAAAACUCCAAAAGUCCCUUAUAGUAGUAUAGAACCAAAUAUUGUCUCAUAUAUAUACGCUCAAGUACAGAUCUUUUUUUUUUUCUUUUUUUGUCAUAUGCAGAAAAAAGACAGGAACAAUGUGAUAUCUAUUUUAUUUAUCAGCCAACCAGCCGUCACAUUAUCAGUAUCUGCAUCAGCCAUUCAAAAAGUGAUAUCAGUCCACCACUGGUCUCAAUAGAAGUAGAAAAGAAAAUCACAUGUCACCAAUAUUCUAAAAAAAUCAAUGGUACAGAUAUUUAUUUAAACGAACAUAAUAUAUAAAUCCACAUGAAGUGGUAUUUUAUUGUAAAACUUCAAACAGGCGAAAGGAUAAACACAUUUUAUGUCCAGUUUGAGGACUUACAUUACAUUUAUGAUCAUCCCCGUCCUCACCUCACAAUUUUAAAAUAUCUUCUUGAAGCCGUGAAUAAGAUUUUUUCUUUCAGAGAGCCACUUUUCAAAAAAUAAAAAUCCUCCAACAUGUUUCCACAGAGCAUUUCCUCAGUGCUGUCAGAACGUCAAUCACAGCUCAGUCAAGUUUUUAGUUUGCAGCCCCACCUUGCUGCCACUCUGUCAUAAUGCAUCAGCUCUCUGACCUCAUUAUCACUGAAUCACCAUUUCUCUUCCUUUUAUUCUUCUGUUUUAAUCACAACAACUUCUGACCCACUUAGAAACAUCUCAAUGUUAAUAAUUAAACUCAUUUGACAACUACUGGAAGUCAAAGUGAUUAUGGUUCUCUGUGCUGUUUCAUGUUAGCACACUGCUUGAAUAAUUUCAGAAGUAUUAAAAGCACACCUCUGAGUCUACAUCUCAGGUUCAAAUGUAUGUCACAGUGGAGCACCUGCUCUUUGACUAACUUUAAAUUACCUUUACCAACAUUCAGCCACAUGAAGCCAGAGGUUUGUUCUCUAAACAUGUCCUCCUGCAGUGGCACAGUGAGUUAAAACCCUCCACGUGUGGUUAAAAAAUCUCUGUUAUGAAGGAAAACAAAUUUAAAGGCUAGCCACGAACUAGCGGCUGUUAUUCUCAUUCACUUACUGUGAUUUCAGUGUCUGUUUUGCACACCUCAGUCACAAUACAUCCAAAAUGUUACUGUCUUUUCUUUAAGAAGGUUGAUAUUUGAGCAUAGCUUGUUUAUUGGAUUUGUUAUUUAUUAUUAGUUGUAUAUAUGCCCAUGUUUGUUUACCCUUAUUCUGCUGAUUUGUUGGGGUUUUAGUAUCUAGAAAGCUUUGUACAGUCACUCAGCAGAGAGGUUUAGUAAUCUUAUAGGUUAUUUUUGAAUUCAUCUGGAAACAUGAGGUAUAUUCUAGGAGCCAAGACGACUGCUGACCUAUUGGUUUGUUUGUUUUUUUCUUUAAAACUGAGCAAAGAGAGAAAAACAACACCUACAAGCACAGAGUCGAGCAAAGGUAAACGCUGCGUCAUCUGCGGACCCUGCAGGCUAAUAAGGAAAAGAGAGAAAAAGCCGAGGACAACAGCUGAUAGACAGCGGGAGAGAUUGACGAAUAGAUGGAGGAAGUAUAAAGCUCAGUAUUGAUUUUUGGUCUCCAGCGGAGUCGGCCAGGAUACUUGCCGCUGCCCUUUUAUGCCCUGCAGCUCGGCUCUGGACUGAGCGCUUCAUUUUUCUGUGCGUCACUUAUCCGGGCAGCUAACAGCCUCAGCCUCAGUGCCUCUCAUCUGUGGGACUCUUUGCUUACAUCCAACUAAAGCAACUCACACAUGUUUCAGGCCACAGUUCUGAUGGUGGGUUUAGUGGCCUCCGCAGAUUUGACCAACCAGAUCUAAAUAAUCCUCCAUUAGGUGGCUCCUCUCCUCACAGGAAGUGCUCCUUUUAUGAUAAUAGACUCAAAGAGCUGUGUGGUUUCCUUUUCUCCUGUAGUAUGAUUCCAUGACUCUUAACCAGAGGAUUUAUAGACAGUAUACUUUAAAUUAAACCAAGAGUUUAAAGCAAUGAAUGCUGAAUUAGAGGCAGUAAAUUCUUCCUCAAAUUGUCGUACUUUGAAAAGGUAACAAAUCUCUGUACAAGACUUUCCAAAUGAGUAUUGAUUUUUCUCUCUUUUUCAUGUCCACAGCUCAGAUAGUCUUCUCGACAGUGCAAUAAGGUAAGCUGUAUCACUCUGUUCGCUCUUCCUCUCACCCAAAUAUGAUACACAUACACACACACACACUUGCGUCUUACAUCUCAAGCAGACACAGCACAUUUUAGUCUAUUAUCCUGCUACAUGCGUCUUUUUCUUCCACUAAUCCCUCUUGGUUUCUCUUCCUCCAGUAUCGCCAUGGCUACCAAAGAGAACAUCACUUUCCAGCGUGGGAUGUUGAAGUCCAUUCAAACCAGGGUCACAACUUUGGCCAGUAUCCUUUUGUCUUAAAAUAAUUUCUCCCUGUCUUCUCCUCGCAUCACUUAGUUCUGACUAAGGUUGAAGUUUAGCUGCUUUACAUUUGCUCAACUUUUGCGUCUAAUAAGGAAUAAGACAACCGUCACUGACAGUAAGAGCCGGUCUGACAUCAAGCUCAAUCAUCAGACUGCUUUUAGCCUUUUUUUUUCUGUUGCUUUCGGUCUCUUUCUUUCUCUCUGUGAGGAAGGGAAACCCCUCUCAGAUCUCAAUAAUUUCCCUUCACCACACCCUCCCACCCUUCAGAUCGUUUCCCUGCCAUCAACAGCCUCAUCCAGAAAAUCAAUUUGCGCAAGAGGCGGGACUCUUUAAUUCUAGGCGGGGUGAUUGGCGUCUGCACCAUCCUGCUGCUGCUCUACACUUUCCACUGA